ACAAUGGAUGCUGCCAAUAAAUCAACUGUGUCUGAAUUUGUUUUGCUGGGACUCUCUAAUUCCUGGAAGCUACAAAUGUUUUUCUUCUUGGUGUUUUCAUUGUUUUAUGUGGUUACAGUGGUGGGUAAUAGUCUCAUAGUCAUCACAGUUAUAGCUGACCCUCACUUACACUCUCCUAUGUAUUUUUUGCUUACCAAUCUUUCAAUCAUUGAUAUGUCUCUUGCCUCCUUUGCCACCCCCAAGAUGAUUACAAACUACCUCACUGGACACAAAACCAUUUCUUUUGAUGGUUGCAUAACCCAGAUAUUUUUUCUACAUCUUUUUACUGGUACUGAGAUUAUUUUACUCAUGGCUAUGUCCUUUGACAGGUAUAUUGCAAUACGCAAACCCCUCCGCUAUGCUUCAAUCAUAAGUUCUCGGGUGUGUGUUGCUCUUGUGGUGGCUUCCUGGGUCGUGGGAGUCAUGCAUUCAAUGAGCCAGGUUGUAUUUGCCCUCACAUUACCAUUCUGUGGUCCAAAUAAGGUAGAUAGCUUUUUCUGUGACCUUCCUGUGGUGUUCCAAUUGGCUUGUGUAGAUACUUAUAUUCUGGUUCGCUUUAUGAUCUCAACAAGUGGUAUAAUUGCCUUGUCCUGCUUUAUUCUUUUAUUAAAUUCUUAUGUUAUUGUCCUAGUUACUAUCAAGCAUCAUUCUUCAGGAGGAUCAUCCAAGGCCUUUUCUACUUGCACAGCUCAUUUCAUAGUUGUCUUCAUGUUCUUUGGACCAUGCAUCUUCAUCUACAUGUGGCCACUAAGCAGCUUUCUGGUAGACAAGAUCCUGUCUGUGUUUUAUACCAUCUUUACUCCCAUUCUGAAUCCAAUAAUCUAUGCCUUGAGGAAUCAAGAAGUUAAGACAGCCGUGAGAAAACUGAAGAAUAGGUUUCUAAAUUCCAACAAGGCAACCCCUCAUUAACUUCAUUAACUUCUUGUUUUAACUUGAUAGGCAUUAAGUGCCACAGUUUUUGUAUACACAGCAUUGGUCACAGUCUUGUGUUAGACUCUUGUUUCAAGUGCUAUCAUCAAAUUGUAACUGCCAAGAAUUCGUGAGGGCACAAGGUAAGUGCAUUUUGGGAAAGUACUUUCAUUUAAAAGUUCAAAAUGGAUUUUAAAUUUCAGGAGAGCAAAUUGAAAGAAAAUUUCUUGCAGAUGCAAAUAGUAUCUAUAAAAAAUGUAAGGAACGAUGGUUUCAGUUAUGAGAUUUAAUAUUAAUAAUGCAUUAACUGGAAAAGAGGAACGAAGAAUAAGAAGAGGAAGGAUAAGUAACUAGAGAACUAGGAGACCAUGACAUUUACU